CAAUUUUACUCGUCAGUUGUCUAUAAACAUAACCUGAAAGUGUUAGUAUCCGACGCGCUAAAUUAAACUUAUUUAUAAAACUGCCGUGCAUUUAUAAAUAAUUGUGUAUCUUCAUCAAAAUGGGCGAGUUCAAGCUUCAUCUACUGACGCAAGAGUUACUUGAUAAAUUAGGCAACAAAAGCAGUCCAGCUGAAUAUGUGGAAUAUUUACAAAAACACAUUGCUUCUAAUAGUACAACAGUUGAAAAUGUAAACUUUCCAUCACCAUCACACCUUCAGCAGCUGGCUGAAAGAUCCAAUAAUCCCCAGGCUUUCAUGUCUAAAUUUGAAGAUCUCAAGGAAAAAAAUGUGGAUUCUCUUGGCCAAUAUAUUGAUUUAAUGCAGAAAAUUGGUCAAGAUAGUAACAUGAGAGAGUUUCUUGCACAAACUGCUAGUAAAUUAAACAAACAGGCCACCAACAGUGCACCUAUAACUAAGGAUACUUUACCACAGGUGAGAAGCAGAUUGAAAUCUGCAGCUUCAAAUAAAUCUCGCGAUAAAGAACCGACGAAAAGAGCGUCCGCCAUUAAAAGUAGUCUUUCAAUGUCUAUUACACCAUCAGUUACUUCCUGGAUACAGCGCCGACCAUGCAUGUCCUGGGAUUUCUCCGUCAGCAGUGCUUCUCUCACACACACCAUCAACAACAUUCCAGUUUGUUCACAAGAAAACAUCAUCAUUGAAGAUCUGCUAAACAUUUUUAUGGGGCUUCCUGCUAAUUUUAUUGAAGUGCAAGAGCUUAAAGAUCCAUAUGAUCCACGUGAAUUUGUCUUGAAUGAUUUUAUUGAUCCUUCAGUGAAAGAAUUAGUAAAACGCAUGCUGCCACUAGCAUCACAUUAUUCUAUUAUACAGAGAUUUACCGAGGAAAAAAUGCGGUUUGAGUUUGGGCAAGUGAAUAAUGCACUUGCUGAAGACAUGAGCAGUAUUAUCAUUGAUUAUAUGACAUUCAUCGCACAAUUGGAGACAGAAUUUCGAAAUGGUAAUUUAACUCUGCAAAAAGUAUGGUAUUACAUUCAGAAGAGCUUACACUCACUACAAAUUGUUAGCAACAUUGCCACAACAAUAAAUAAGUCUGGUUCUUGUGGAGGUAAAGUAUUAAGUCUUCUCCACGAUAAAAUUGCUGGAAAUAUCGGUGAUUACAAAGCGCAAGAUUUGUGCAUUCGUUUAAUGCAAGCUGCUUGCGUUCCAUACAUGAAAAUGCUCGGCAUGUGGAUUUACAAAGGAAUUAUUGCGGAUCCAAUACAUGAGUUUCUAGUAGAAGAUAAUGAAGUGGUUCAAAAAGAAGACAUGCCAGUUGAUUAUUCCGCCGAUUACUGGGAUAAAAAAUAUACAAUACGCCGUGAAAGAAUUCCCAAAUUCCUUGAACCAGUUUCCGAAAUUAUUCUUCGCGCGGGGAAAUAUUUGAACGUGAUUCGCCAAUGCGGGAAAUCACUCAAUAACAAAGUGCAAAACAUCGAAUAUAAAAAAGAAGAAAAAUUCUACAUUGAAUCGAUUGAAACCGCCUACAAAUUCGCCAGUCAGACUUUAUUAAAUCUUGUACUAGGAGAACAAGAUCUCCUCGGAAGACUGAAAUCAGUCAAACAUUACUUCCUUCUUGAUCAGGGCGAUUUCAUCGUUACUUUCCUCACGCUUUGCGAGAAGGAAUUAAGUAAAGAUGUCGCUGAUGUGAUUCAAACUCGUUUGGACUCUUUGCUUGAUCUAGCUUUACGAAUCUCAAGCGCAACUAAUGAUCCUUAUAAAGAUGAUCUACGCACUGAAUUGCUUCCCUAUGAUUUACAAUUCCAAAUGUUUAAAAUACUCAUGGAGCAGCAAAAACAACCAAAGGCAAAAUCGUUAACUGUGAUUGAAUCGUUUUCGUUCAGUUACGAAGUAAGAUGGCCAUUGUCACUCAUUUUGGAUAGAAAGUCUCUUGCAAGAUAUCAAAUGAUCUUCAGGCAUUUAUUGCAUUGUAAAUAUGUGGAACGGAUGAUUUGUCAAGUGUGGCGUGCGAACAAAGUCGCUAAUAAGUUCCAAGCGGGCGCUGCGAAGCAAUAUCGCAAUACUUUUGCGCUCAGACAAAGAAUGUUGCACUGUGUUCAGAAUUUAGAGUAUCAUAUGAUGGUUGAAGUGAUUGAACCGCAUUGGUGCAUGUUUUUACAAAAACUUUCAAAGGUGACGAAUGUCGAUGAAGUCUUAUCGAUUCACAGCGACUUCUUGGAUUCGUGUUUAAAGGAUUGUAUGUUAACUAUUCCAUCACUACUGGCUGUCGUCACGAAACUACUUUUAAUUUGCGUGUCAUUCUGCAAAUUCAUGCAGCAAUCGGAACGGUAUUUUGUGGAAGCCGAGUUAGGCUCGUUGCCAAAUUCUUUCUACGAGUCCUUCACGCAGGCGGAAUCGAUCAAUCCUGAAGGUCACGAAGACAUUCUUAGCUUCGAGCAGAAUAUAACACGGUUUGAUACGGAAUUCACCGGUGCCAUAAUGAAUCUAUUGGAGCAAAUAAAUAGUUUGAACCGGAGCGACAGUGACCACGAUCGACUCUUCAAUCUGUUAUACAGAAUGAGUUCUAUUUUCUCCUCCGAAAUGUUAAAAGACUUCAAAAAGUUAUUAGAAAUCCUGUCCGAUUUAUCCACCGGAGAUUGGACUUCAAUGGCUUCUACUCGGAGCAAUUUGCGCGAAUGGGAUUCAUCAGAUCGAACAAUUACAGCCAGGAUGCCUCUGGAUAACAAUCAAUACCUUCCUUGAAAUUCCCUGCCUGAAUCUUCCUAAUUAAUAUAAUCAAGUGCCAUGUGUUGUUUUGAGUCUAGAUGUUGCUUAUUUAUUAAUUCAAAUAAAUUCAUUCAAGCUUUAGCAAAAAGUUAUGUUAAGUGAAAUUACAUUUGCCAAACUUAAACAUAACUUACAUAGAUACAUUCAUGACACAUACAACUUAAUAUUUAAAUAAAUAUACUUCUAAGAACUAAAAUAAAUUGUAUUAAACAA